AUGCUGAACCUGAAGCAAAUCAAAGCUGGAGAAAAUGACAUCUUGGAGCUGCCCAGUGAGAUCGGUAACAUGCCGGUACUGCGUGAUCUCCAUCUGAACGAUAACGUCAACCUGAACAACUUGCCGGCCGAGCUCUCCCUCUGUUCCACCCUCACCAUCCUCGGUCUGGUGAACUGCCCCUUGCGCGACCUUCCGCAGCCAAUUGUUGUUCAUGGCUCCGCUAUGAUAAUUUACGUAAGUCUUACACUCUUUCAUGUGGCCCCCUCCAUUGUCGCAGAUCUAUCUGCUAAGCCGCUGCACGCACUUCACACAGGUUGGCACUCAUCGGACGUGUGCAUCACCGUCCUCAGUCGGUCGGACCCCAAACCCUCGGAGCUUUUUCUUGGAUCGAGUAAGAAAGAAUCAGUACGUUGGUCCGACACUCAGACCAAAGUGGGCGACUGCUUUCAAAGUUCUCUCGGUUUGAUCGAUGUCGCGUAG